CCGAGCCGCGCCGGCGCGGUAGGCAACGACCGCACCCUCCGUCCGCUGCGGUUGGUAGUACUGGCAGCAGCACAUUUGAGGAAGGUCGAUCUACUCUCUAAAGAACUUUCUACACAGUACCAUGCACAUGCACAAGAUGUCCAAUCAUAUGGUUCAUCCUCAGAUGUCUUUCCCUAUGAUGUUUGGGAGGAUGCCUGGUAUGAAGCACCGAAUGAUGCACAGACCACCUGGAAGGAAGCAUCAUCACAUGAUGCAGUUACUACAUAAAAUGGGCCCUUUUAUGAUGAAUAAAAUGCGGUCUCAUAUCCACAGGCCUCAUGGGCAUCACCAUCGUAUUAUGAAACAUAAAUUUGGUCACCACGGAAUGAACCCUGGAAUGAGGUAUCGUAAGAUGCAUAAGGCUCAUGGAACUAGACAUGGUUUUGAAAUGGGCCACCACAAAAUGGGCUCUCAUAAGAUGCUCCACCACAUGAAACGUAGAGACUUAUCCCCGUUCAUGGAAUGCAAAGGCUGCAUGAAGAACUAUUGACGAAGCGAAACACUAGCUGAAGGCAAGCAGCUUCAAUACAACAAGGGAUCUAAUAUCAAACGCAGCGUCAUUACACUCCGUCGCUGAAAUAUUCCGAAAUGAAUUAUUUAAAAACAUUUAUAUUUUACCCAAACUUAAAUAUGUGUUACUGAACUUAUAAAUGUAUUAAUUUUUUAUCGUUUAAAAUAUAUUAUAGUAAAUUUUAUAAUGUUUUAAGAGGAAAUAAAUAUGAUUUUUUUAAAU